GACCCAAGGUCCUUUUCCGUUUCCUCCCGGUACAGUCUCUGUCCAGAUCUCCUCCGGGCUUCUAUGGGGAAGCCAAACUGCCUCCCUGCAAGGCCAGUUGCUGUAGAUGCAAGCAACCUGUGAACUCAGGCCAACUCCUUGAAACUUCACAGAGGCAAAGGCAUUCCAGGACACACAGAGGCUGUGGCCAACUGCCCAGGGGGAGGAGACUGCUCUCUGCUCUCAGUUGCCCUUCAGGUUCUGCGCCCUGGGGACCUGGCAGUGGCAGAAUCAUGUGGGCACCUGGUAAGGUGGCCGGGACCAUGUGUUCCUCCCGCAACCUCCCCAGGGUGUUGAUCUCCGCCUCAGCUUGGGCUCUUUCUCUUUCACUUUUCUGUUAGCUGGGGUUGGGACUCCCCGGCUGGAAAGCACUGGGGGAAACCGGGGAAACCCCAGCUGAUUCGCUCCUUGUGCCUUGAUUGCUCCCGCUGGCUGCUGCCCUGCAUCCUGCACCCUUCAACCAGAACCCGAUGGAGUACCUAUGUUAUUUGAAAUUUAUCUCAAGCUCUCAACCUUUGAAAACCUCACCCUCCUGUUCUGCUUUGUGGCUUUGUCCAACUCCUCAUGAUCUUUGACCACUUUCUUCGAAAUUUUAAGACCCUGUCCAGAGGUGUGUCAUCUCAAGGAGACUAUCAUAAUCUCAGAAUCCACCUUGACACAUGGCCCUCUGGCUCUUCAAAGCACUGCCUCUUCAUGGUCCUUGCUGGUGAGGUCCUUAAGAACACAGAAACCCAUGUCAGCAGAUAACCAGCCUACAGGAGGCCAAGAAGAGUUCUGGAUGGAUGGCAGCUGGAAGCCCAUCGCCAUAGCCAGCUCAUCUUCAACAUUGAAGCUCUUACCUGGGCAUUAAGUAAUGAAAAUUUUGAAACCAUAUAUGAGGAAUACAUCCAUCUCGUGCUACUUGUGUUUCCUUCUAAACAGUCACUUUUUAACUGAGGCUGGCAUUCAUGUCUUCAUUUUGGGCUGUGUCAGUGUAGGUCUCCCUAAAACAGAGGCCAACUGGAUAGAUGUAAGAUAUGACCUGGAGAAAAUUGAAAGCCUUAUUCAAUCUAUUCAUAUUGACACCACUUUAUACACUGACAGUGACUUUCAUCCCAGUUGCAAAGUUACUGCAAUGAACUGCUUUCUCCUGGAAUUGCAGGUUAUUUUACAUGAGUACAGUAACAUGACUCUUAAUGAAACAGUAAGAAACGUGCUCUACCUUGCAAACAGCACUCUGUCUUCUAACAAGAAUGUAGCAGAAUCUGGCUGCAAGGAAUGUGAGGAGCUGGAGGAGAAAACCUUCACAGAGUUUUUGCAAAGCUUUAUACGCAUUGUCCAAAUGUUCAUCAACACGUCCUGACUGCAUGCGAGCCUCUUCCGUGUUUCUGUUAUUAAGGUACCUCCACCUGCUGCUCAGAGGCAGCACAGCUCCAUGCAUUUGAAAUCUGCUGGGCAAACUAAGCUUCCUAACAAGGAGAUAAUGAGCCACUUGGAUCACAUGAAAUCUUGGAAAUGAAGAGAGGAAAAGAGCUCGUCUCAGACUUAUUUUUGCUUGCUUAUUUUUAAUUUAUUGCUUCAUUUGUACAUAUUUGUAAUAUAACAGAAGAUGUGGAAUAAAGUUGUAUGGAUAUUUUAUCAAUUGAAAUUUAA